AUGACACCAACUAUACAAGGUGUCUCCAGCUCAGCGGAGCAUCUCCUGGCCGUCUCACGCUCCAUCAGUUUCAAUGACAGGACACAAGGGUGGAGCAGAGCUAAAGGGUCUGAGGGGUCAGCUCUAGGCCGAAUGCCCUUCUUGAUGCAGUACUCCUAUUUAUCAGGACUUGGGACCGGCACUAAGAGUGAACUAAUAGUCAAGAGUCAGAUCAAGAGUCAAGUCAAGAGAGGCUUUAUUAAGAAGUCCAGAUCAAAGUCCAAAUACCCGGCAACACGCCGACUUCUGCUGAAGAGCAAACUUAUGAAGAAGGCCGAAAGUUUGCUGGUGAAAGAAAAAGAGCAGAAGAAAAUAGAGCGAGAGAGCGCUCUGAAUGAGAGAGUGCCUCCAUUGAAGCUCUCUGGACUUUCAGUACAGGAACUUCAGGAACUUUCCAAGGAUUUGCACCAAAAGAUUGACAUUGUGGACGAGGCACGAUACGACCUUUCAAUAAAAGUGGGCAGAAAUGAUACAGAGAUUCAGACUCUCCAGAGAAAGAUCUAUGAGCUGAAGGGGAAAAUGAACAGACCCAAACUGAAGAGAGUGAAGAAGUCAGCAGAUGACAUGUUAGGAGCGCUGACCGACACCAAGCUUAUGAAGGCGGACUUCAAAGCAAACCUGAAGACUGUGAAGAAAGAGGAAGAGAAGAAAGAAGAGGUGACAGAUUGGAGGAAGAAUGUUGAAGCCAUGUCUGGAAUGGAGGGCAGAAAGAAGCUUUUUACUGCUGGACAGUGAAAACAAACAAGUAUUUUUCAACCAGUGUAAAAAAUAUGACAGGUCUGACUGAUAAAUACAUGU